AUGGGAAGAAAGCGGGCUUUUGAGGACCCAACAUACCCAGAACCUACAUUGCAUAUGCAUUUGAAAUUUCAAAAGAGGAAAACGACCAAUGGACUGCCGAGGAGCCACUAUUCUCCGUUCGGUUUACGGCAAGUGCCUGAGAAUUCAUCUACUGACAAACAACACGUUCUCUUGAAUUUCAACUUAGGAAAGUUCAGCAGUUGUGAUUACUUUUCAAUUUUCCUCUCCAAACUUCUCCACAAAUUUCCAACCGGCCAGGAUGAAAUUAUCUGGGGAAACCCUCAAACCCAUGAAAUCAAUUACCUGACACGGCGACUUGCAGAAAAAUCAGUGGAGCUGGAAAAUACGAGUUUUUACCUCUCGCAGUGUUCCGUUGAGAUGAAAUGCGAUGAUAUCUACACUCGGCAAAGUCGGCAAACUCUAAAUUCAUUUGGGAAGAUUGGUGUCAUAGAUUCGGGUUGCUUCAAUAAGACUGCUGGAUGCACACCUGCCUUUAGUGAAGGAAAAGUCAAUGAUCGAGAUGAUCCGGGGUACUCCACAUUCCGUGCGCGUGCAAGACUCUCCCUCUUGAUGAAUUGGGAAAUCCGAGCACGGCACGGAUCACCGAGUCCAUAUGGGCAACGGGCAUGUCUCAAUUCCUAUGGUCUAGUUAUGCAAUUGAGGGUAUGA